GUGAUACUGGAGAGUUUGAUGCGGAAGAAAGUAAAUCCAGGGUGUUUUGCUGUUGAAGUUAUAUUAUUAAACUUAUGUAGCAGAUAACAGAAAUAAUACCAACCGAAAGAAAAGAGUCACUGGGUUUACAGUUUGUCUGAACGGCCAAAGUUUGACCGACUUCACAACACCUGAUGGCGAACGGUAAUUUACAGAAAGCUAUAGAUCUGGCCAACAAAGCUGCGGAGGAAGACAAAGCCAAAAACUAUGAAGAAGCCCUCCGCUGUUAUCAGCAUGCUAUUCAGUACUUCCUUCAUGUCGUCAAGUAUGAGGCUCAAGGCGACCGAGCAAAACAGAGCAUCAGGGACAAGUGUGCAGACUACCUUGAUAGAGCUGAGAAGCUGAAGGAAUACCUGAAGAAUAAAGAGAAGAGUCCUCCAGCCAAGCCUGUCAAAGAGUCUGGAGAUAAAGGGAGUCAAAGUGAUGAGGAAGAGGACAAAGAGAAGAAGAAAUUUAAAGAUCAGCUCUCAGGGGCCAUUGUGAUGGAAAAGCCAAACAUUAAGUGGAAUGAUGUGGCCGGACUUGAGGGAGCCAAAGAAGCCUUAAAGGAAGCUGUAAUCCUGCCCAUCAAAUUUCCUCAUCUCUUCACAGGGAAGCGAACUCCGUGGCGGGGGAUCCUUCUGUUUGGUCCUCCAGGGACAGGAAAAUCCUACCUAGCCAAGGCAGUGGCCACAGAAGCAAACAACUCCACAUUUUUCUCCAUCUCCUCCUCAGAUCUGGUGUCUAAGUGGUUGGGAGAAAGUGAAAAGCUGGUGAAGAACCUCUUCUCUUUAGCCCGAGAAAACAGACCAUCGAUCAUUUUCAUCGACGAGAUCGACUCCCUCUGUGGCUCGAGGAGCGAGAACGAAAGCGAAGCAGCACGUAGAAUAAAGACAGAGUUCCUCGUCCAGAUGCAGGGUGUUGGAAAUAAUAAUGAGGGAAUCCUUGUUUUGGGAGCAACAAAUAUUCCAUGGACACUGGACUCCGCCAUCAGGAGAAGGUUUGAAAAGCGAAUCUAUAUUCCUCUGCCAGAGGAGCACGCCCGCUCCUUCAUGUUCAAACUUCACCUGGGCUCCACCCCCAACAACCUGACAGAUGAAGACUUCGUCACUCUGGGCAAGAGGACGGAUGGUUACUCCGGAGCAGACGUCAGUGUCAUCGUCAGGGACGCCCUCAUGCAGCCGGUCCGAAGGGUUCAGUCAGCCACACACUUCAAACAGGUCCGUGGGUCACUGGGGAAUGAUCCGGGCGUCAUAGUGGAAGACCUGCUGACGCCGUGCUCACCUGGAGAUCCCAACGCCGUGGAGAUGACGUGGAUGGAUGUCCCUGGGGACAAACUCUUAGAGCCUGUAGUGUCCAUGUUGGACAUGCUGAAGUCACUGGCCCACACCAAACCCACGGUCAAUGAGCAGGACUUGGACAAGCUGGAGAAGUUUACUGAAGAUUUCGGCCAAGAAGGCUAAUAAUGCUGAUGUAGGGCUGCAGUUACUAGUUAUUUUCACUUUCAGUUAUCUUUAUGAUAAUGUGAUCAACAUAUUGGUCUCUUAAAUGGAAGAAAUGGUAGCCAUGGCUCAUGAGGUUUUGGGAGCUCAAAGUUCUUUAACUUUAUUGUUUACGUUUUCAUCCUUUUCUGUCGUGUUAUAUCCAUGUUUUCAAAGUUUAUUUUUAACUUAUUACUUUCAUUAUAUAUGAAAUUGUUCGCUGCAACACUGAAACCACUGACAAGUACAGGUUCGUCCUGUUGCACUGCAGAGAUGUUUGAAAAUAACCUACAAAAGUUGAUUAAAAGGACAAGUCUGAGGCCUUAAGACUCCCAGAUGUCCUGACACUCAAGGACACGCUCUAAUAUUCUUUGUCUAUAGAGCACUUUCAGUGGCAUGAAGAGGUCAAAGUUCCGGUUGAUUGGUGUAUAUAUCUUCAUAUUAAAUGUAUCUAUGCUGCUGCUGAAUCUGUAACUGCAGUGAAAUGGAGUUUUACAGCUGCUGGGUUUUUGAACCUUUCUAACACUACACACAAACACACGCUGCCAGACCUGAGGUGGAUAAUAGAAAUUAUUUUAUAAAAGGAAAUGUAUUCAUUUUUAAAAGAGCUUGCAAUCAGCUGUUUUCUGGUUAUUUUAUUUUACUAUAUACAAAGUUAUUUCCAACAGUUUAAAGAAGGGUCUUAUAGGUUUCUGUUAAGAUACUGAAAUAAAACAGGAAAGCUUUUGAAAGUAAUCUUUAAAUUCAGGUAUCCUUUCCAUUGAGUUAUGUUGCCUUUGCACAUUUUCUGUCUAUUUUGUCUUAUUGCUGUAGUUGGACUGUCCGUUUUCAAUAGACUUCACUGGUAAAGCAUUUGGUAAUGGUAUUUAUCUGUAUAUUUAUAGAUAAAUAUCAAGUGUUGCCUUUGCAGAUGAAAAAUGACAAGAACUUUCAGAUGUUAGGUCAAUCAAAUUGGCGCUUGGGAGCACUUUUCUUGUAUCUUGUGUUCUUUGAACAAAUCUCUGGGUUAUAAUAAAUGAAAGG